AUGAUUUUUUCCUCAUUAGCGUUUCUUCUUGCCAGCAUCCCGGUCGUGUUGGCUGUUACCGACCCUGCGAAUUCUCUCGACUAUGAUGUUCUACAGUACGUUGAUCCACUCGUUGGAAGUGCCAAUGGAGGAAAUGUCUUUGCGGGCGCGUCGCUUCCCUAUGGAAUGGCCAAAGCUGUAGCCGACACAGAUUCACAAAGCAACCAGGGUGGAUUCGCGUUCGAUGGUAGCAAUAUCACCGGAUUUUCGAGUCUCCAUGAUUCUGGCACUGGAGGAAAUCCAUCGCUGGGAAAUUUUCCCUUGUUCCCUUAUGUCAAGUGUCGAGAUGACGAUGUCAAUGGCUGUGUAUAUCCCAAGAAGCAACGCAAGACCGGCUACCUUGCAGACUCCGUCAAGGCCGCACCCGGGUAUUUUGGAUUGACUAUGAGUUCGGGUAUUAAAGCUGACAUGACCGUCUCUCAUCACACGUCUUUAUUUCGCUUUCAUUUCCCAACUGACAAUGCGCCGAGUCCGCUCAUCUUGCUGGAUCUCACCGACUUGUCCGAUUCGCGACAGGACAACGGAACGAUCUCUGUUGAUGCUUCUACCGGACGCAUGACGGGCCAUGCGCGCUUCCUACCAAGUUUUGGGAGCGGCUCAUAUAUUCCUUACUUUUGCGUCGAUUUUCAAAGCAACUCUGCUGUCCGUGAUAACGGCAUCUUUGUCAAUUCCCGCGCGAGCACUGAUGUGAAGGAACUGAAGAUAUCCCGGAGUAUUAAUGGAUAUCCCCUUCCGGGAGGUGCUUUCGUUCGGUUUAAUGCUGCUUCAGAUAUCACUGUCCUGGCUCGAGUGGGAUUGAGCUUCAUCAGUAGUGAACGGGCGUGUUCCAAUGCUGAAUCCGAGAUCCCUGACUUUGAUUUUAACGCCACGCAUGCGAAAGCCGUGGAAAUGUGGCGCGAGAAGCUCGCCCCUAUCCGGGUGUCCAGAAGUGAGGUCAACUCCUCUCUGCUAACCAACUUCUACAGCGGUAUCUAUCGUACAAUGGUCAAUCCGCAGGACUACACGGGAGAGAAUCCGCUGUGGAAUAGUACGGAGCCGUACUUUGACUCUUUCUACUGUCUAUGGGACUCCUUCCGGUCCCAAUUACCAUUUCUGACCAUUUUCGAUCCUGCAUCGCUUGCACGGAUGAUUCGCUCCCUGAUCGAUACUCAACGGCAUUUAGGCUGGCUUCCAGAUUGCCGCAUGUCUCUUUGUAAGGGAUACACCCAGGGAGGCUCGAAUGCAGACAUUGUCCUCGCAGACGCGUACACUAAAGGCAUCUCUGAUGCGAUUGACUGGGAUGCGGGCUAUGCGGCCGUUCAAAAGGAUGCUGAGGAAGAACCGUACGACUGGUCAAAUGAAGGUCGAGGCGGGCUCAACAGCUGGAAAUCGCUAAACUACAUCCCUGUAGAGGACUUUGACUAUAUCGGAUUUGGCACAAUGACUCGCAGUAUUUCGCGCACUCUCGAAUAUUCGUAUAACGACUUUGCCAUCGGGCAGAUGGCGCGAGGCUUCAACAGGACCGAUGAUGCAGAGAAGUAUGAAAGGAACUCUGGGUUUUGGAGAAAUCUGUUUCGCACAAAUCAGACUUCCUUCAAUCGCGGCAACGACACUGGAUUCAAAGGCUUUUUCCAACCACGGUAUCUGAAUGGUACUUGGGCAUAUCAGGACCCCCUGACAUGUUCCAACAUCGAUACGAGUGGACGGUCAUGCUCGCUCCAGAACAACGCAGCCGAGACAUUUGAAUCCAGUAUCUGGGAAUACCAAUUUUUCGUGCCCCAUGACAUGGCUGCUCUCGUUCCCCUGCUCGGCGGACCAGCCCAAUUCGUCCGGCGCCUCGAUUACCUUCACGACCAGGGCAUCACAUACAUCGGCAAUGAGCCUGCUUUCCUGACAGUCUUUCAGUACCACUACGCCGGCCGGCCGGCCAAAUCAACCUCCCGCGUCCACUUCUACAUCCCAAAGUACUUCAACCCCACCCCCGCCGGCCUACCAGGCAACGACGACUCCGGCGCCAUGGGUUCCUUCGUCGCCAUGUCGAUGAUGGGCCUGUUCCCUAAUCCCGGGCAGAGCGUCUACCUGAUUACCGCGCCGUUCUUCGAGGUCGUUCGCAUCACCUCGCCUCUCACCGGCCGCACGGCGACAGUCCGCGUGCAGAACUUCGAUCCCACCUACACCAGCAUCUUCAUCCAGUCUGCUACGCUAAACGGUCAGCCGUACAGUAAGAACUGGGUCGACCAUGCCUUCUUCACCGAGGGCAAGGAGCUGGUGCUUAUGUUGGGGCGGAAUGAGAGCCUGUGGGGAACCAGGGAGGAGGAUUUGCCGCCGUCUCUGUCUACGAGGCGGGGAUCAACAGUCUUAGAGCGCAGAGUGGUUGAUCUUGAUGGGUGGGAUAUGAAGGAGGUCACGGGGAACGGUCACAUUGGAAACAGACAUUCUUUUCCCUUUGUGCACCGGCAUCUCGUAGGUAAAGAGGGUACCUAUCCGUAG